UUUGGCAUCCUUACAUGUGUCCCUUGAAUCGAUUUAAUGCGCUUGGAAUAUUUGUGAUUUGUCAGGAUUUUGUUUCGAUCUCUGUUUUAUUGUGGAGGUAGAGUGGUUUUUGAGUCUACAGUUUCCUAUAAAUACUGGGAACGAUAAAAAUGUUUCUCGUUCAUGAAGCGUAGAUCCCAUAGCGCUGGCAUGAUUGUCAGCCGCACAUGUCUUAGCUCUUCUUACGUGUUGCAGAAAGGGUUAGAAUUGUCCUCCACAGUACCCGCGAAAUGUCUUCGAUGUAUUUUCUUGGCCAUCGGAUUUUCUCAUAGAUUAUCAGCGUAGAUGGUGACUGGCAGCUUCUCUUUUUCUCUCGAGAUUCUACAUCCAGCUACUGCUUCUGUGUCUGAAUCAUCUGGUCACUUCACUUGCAGCGCCUCCCACCCUUAGGCCCCUGAGUGGAGUAGUUUUAGAGGAAUGUGGUGAAGUUGAAUCAUCAUCACAGAUUGCAGCAUGACGAUGUUAUGAACCAUUCAGAUGCUGGAGGAAGUGGUCGUGUUUACAGUGCCCUUUAAGAUUUGAAACACACUGGUUUGGCUCAGUUUCGCUGAGCCGAGUUGUGAAAAGUUACUUGAGGAUUCCAAGAAGUGAGACGGGAAAUGGCCGAUGCGGAGUUUUUUACCGAGUACGGGGAAGCCAAUCGCUACCGUAUUCUGGAAGUCAUUGGAAAAGGAAGCUACGGGGUUGUCUGUUCGGCAGUCGACACACUAACUGGUGAAAAGGUGGCUAUCAAGAAGAUCAAUGAUAUUUUCGAGCAUGUGUCAGAUGCAACACGCAUUCUUCGGGAGAUCAAGCUCCUCCGGUUGUUGCGACAUCCUGACAUCGUGGAAGUGAAGCACAUAAUGCUUCCUCCAUCACGGCGUGAUUUCAAGGACAUUUAUGUAGUAUUUGAGCUGAUGGAGUCAGACUUGCACCAAGUUAUCAAAGCUAAUGAUGAUUUGACCCCUGAGCAUUAUCAAUUCUUUUUGUACCAGCUACUGAGGGCUCUCAAGUAUAUCCAUACAGCUAAUGUAUUUCAUCGCGAUCUCAAGCCAAAGAAUGUAUUGGCAAACGCUGAUUGCAAGCUGAAAAUUUGUGAUUUUGGACUUGCUCGGGUGGCUUUCAGUGAUGCGCCAACGGCCAUUUUCUGGACGGAUUAUGUGGCCACAAGGUGGUAUCGAGCUCCGGAGCUAUGUGGUUCAUUCUUUUCUAAGUAUACUCCUGCGAUCGAUAUCUGGAGUAUAGGCUGUAUAUUUGCGGAAGUGUUGACCGGAAAGCCACUUUUCCCUGGGAAGAAUGUUGUUCAUCAGCUGGAUCUUAUGACAGACAUGCUUGGAAGUCCAUCUUCAGAAACCGUUCAAAGGGUGCGAAAUGAGAAAGCAAGGAGAUACCUUAGCACCAUGCGAAAGAAACUCCCCAUGCCCUUUGGGCAGAAAUUUCCAAAUGCUGAUCCCCUAGCUAUUCGGCUGCUAGAAAGAAUGCUUGCAUUUGAUCCCAGAGACAGACCUACUGCAGAGGAGGCUUUGGCAGAUCCUUAUUUCAAAGGUUUGGCAAAAGUGGAUAGGGAACCCUCUGCUCAACCAAUUACGAAAAUGGAGUUUGAGUUUGAAAGAAGGAGAAUCAACAAGGAAGAUGUGAGGGAGCUUAUUUAUCGGGAGAUUUUGGAAUAUCAUCCACAAAUGCUGAAGGAGUAUCUCAACGGUUCAGAUAAUGCUACUUUCCUGUACCCCAGUGCGGUGGAUCAAUUCAAAAGACAGUUCGCUCAUCUCGAGGAACACUAUGGCAAGGUUGGCAAUAAUCCUCCCCUUGAGAGACAACAUGCCUCACUCCCGAGGGAACGAGUCUUGGAGUUCCGUGAAGAAGCCGCGAAGUAUCAAAGAGAGGAAAGUAAGUUGCAGGACAAGCAUGGAGCUUCUGGUCAGAGGAACACAUACUCUCAGAACUCUAAAUCUCUAGAUGGUCCUGUUGGAAGAGCAGGUAAUCCAACAAGUUUCAUGGGCCUUUCCAACAAAGAGUAUACGGAUCCCCGCCGCGUGACAAAAACCGCUGCAAUGAGUGCAACAAAUUCUUAUUCUGCUCCUCUUAACCCUUAUGGAAGACGACACUCUACAAGCAAAAGUGAUCGGGAUGAUCGUGAACUCAAUGCUGUGCAGUCCAAGACGGAAUCCAUGGGCCUUGGAUCUUCCCGAAAAGUUCCUGCAGCUCAGAGUGUUGGACAUUAACUUACGACAAGGAUCCUGUAGACUCUACCAUUACUGCUUCCUGCCUUCAAUUGCAUAGAUGGAGCAUUCUAGUGGGCAUGAUGUCCAUAGCUCUCGUGAUGGUUUGGGAAAGCUUAUGCUAGUAGGACCGAUCGGGAGCAUUAUUUGCAGAUUGUAGGUUAAGUAGCAGUGUGUCAGUUUUAUCAGCAUUCGUGUUGAAUUCUUUUUCAUAUCUUCCAGCCGUGAAUGGGUCCUCUUCUUCAGUGUAGUGGUUGUGAAUUCAAAUCUGAGAUCCACAUCGCUACAGAAGCAUAGGGUGACACUCCUGUAGGUACAUACAAGUCAUGUAGAUUGCAGCAAUGAUCCAAGGUGUUAACAUAGCUCAAAACAAGGUCCCAAUAUCGGGCAUUGGAUGUACUAGUGACCCCGACAAGGUAUCUAACCACCAUAUCCUGAUUUCAACUCAUAGUAGGCCAGAGUCUGGAUAUAUGUUCUGACUUGAGUAGUCUUGAGUUUCUCAUGUGGAAAACUUUUGCGGAUUUGGUAAAGCAUACUAAUUCUGCUUGAUGAAUUAAAUUCAAUAUUUUGAACUCA